AACUCACACAGUUAUUCCACUUAGAACCAUUGAAUAGGUACUACUGAAACGACACUUCGUAUCGAAGAAAAACGUCGGAAAUUUAGUGAAGUGGAAAAAAAAAUUCUGAAAAUUCGAACAAAUUAGAAUUAAUCAUUCUCACUUAAAACGGAGCGUGCAGUUGACAAAACAGUUAAUUGGAAUUGAAUUUUCGAUUAAAGUUUAAAUUGACUCAAAUCGAAAUCAAUUAUAUUUGAAUUGGAAAUGAUUUUGAACAUGAAAAGUGUGGUUUUUUGGUGUUUUACAGCGUUUUUUGGACUGUCACACGCUGCUUUUAAAUUAGAAGAGCGCUACAGUUGGAAUCAAUUGGAUUUCGUUUUUCCAACACGAACGCUUAAAGAUAUUGCACUCGCAUCGGGCACAUACAUUCCGCAAAAUGCACUACCUGUAGGCAUCGAACAUUGGGGCAAUAAAUUAUUUGUUACUGUGCCGCGCUGGAGAGACGGCAUUCCGGCAACAUUGACUUACAUCGAUACCACCCAAACGAUAAGUGGAUCUCCGCAAUUGAUUCCGUACCCAGAUUGGCGUUCGAAUGCAGUUGGUGAUUGUGUGAAUGGUUUGAACACUGUUUAUCGCAUCAAAGCGGAUCGAUGCGGUCGAUUAUGGGUUUUAGAUACAGGAACCAUUGGUAUUGGCAAUACAACGCAGAAUGUGUGCCCGUACAGCAUAAAUGUGUUUGAUUUGGCAACGAAUACUCGCAUCAGGCGCUAUGAAUUCCGAGCGGAAGAUACAAAUGCAAAUACAUUCAUCGCAAACACAGCUAUUGACAUCGGAAAGAAUUGUGAAGACACAUUUGCUUACUUUAGCGAUGAGCUUGGCUAUGGAUUAAUUGCAUAUUCAUGGGAGCAGAAUCGUUCAUGGCGUUUCGAGCACAGUUACUUCUAUCCGGAUCCCUUACGUGGUGAUUUUAAUAUUGGUGGUUUGAAUUUCCAAUGGGGAGAAGAAGGUAUAUUCGGAAUGGCUCUUAGCCCAGUACGAAGCGACGGUUUUCGUACACUAUUCUUCAGUCCAUUGGCAAGUCAUCGUGAAUUUUCCGUAUCUACUCGCAUUUUGCGUGAUGAAUCUCGUGUGGAUGAUAGCUAUCACGAUUUCUUCUUCUUCCCGACUGAAAGAGGUGCAAAUUCACACACAACAUCUCGGGUGUGUAGCGAUGACGGCAUAAUGUUAUUCAAUUUGAUUGAUCAAAAUGCGGUCGGUUGUUGGCACACAUCAAUGCCGUACACUCCACAAAAUCAUGGUACCGUCGAUCGUGACGAUGAAGGAUUGAUUUUCCCGUCCGAUGUGAAAAUUGAUGAAAAUCGAAAUGUGUGGGUCAUUUCUGAUCGCAUGGCAAACUUCCUAAUUUCCAAUUUAGAUUACAACGAUGUCAACUUCCGCAUUUACUCGGCACCGCUACAAACAUUGGUCAGUGGCACAACGUGUGACCUAACCAAUCGAAUUUCCAGUCGAUUCGGUUUGAAUUCGAUACUGUCGUCCAAACCAAACACAAAUCUCUUUGGCAACGGGCUGGGCGCAUUUAAAUCUCUGAAUACAAAUCCGCUUGCGUCGCCACAAUCUCUGCAAAAUUUACAGUCGAUCAACCAACCGUUGAAUGCACAAGCACUUCAAGUGCCGCUUCAACCAAUUACACAGAUUUCACAAAUCACACCAAUCGCCCAAAUUUCACCAGUUCAACCGUUGAUUUCGUACGAUGUACGAGAACCGCACAGUCUCUCCGCACAAUCUUACGGCACAAAAUUGCCAGCCGUUUUUUCCACAAAGGCAACUCCGCAAAGCGCAUACUUCAAAGGCAGUAUUUUUGGCACAUCACAAAGCCAAUCGACGGCUGAUUUCACAACCGCUUUUCAAAACUUACCAAAGAGCCCGAGUUGGUGGACGACGCAAUUGUGGUAACACACAGACAGUGUGUAUUUACUCAACAACAGGGUUCAUUGCACUUAUUGUAUACUUUGAAUAGCGAUACAUGACACAAUGAUGUGUCAACAUACAAAUGACGCAGUUAUCGAAUAGCCACCUGAUUUUACUUCUUUCAGUUACCAAUUUUAAGAGACUUUCCCUUUUCUAGACAUUUCCUUCCGUACUUUUACUAUUAGAUGCACAAACUACGUAGCAAAAUCAUGUAAUGCAUACUUACUCACCGUUCAACAGGACUUACCCUAUGCGAUAAAUUAUUUU